CUCUAUACUAAACAUGGAGGUUUCAUCACACCUAAAUUCUGAAAAAUUUGAGUUAGAGGAGAUGGAUUUUAAGUCAUCAAAAGAUGACUUUUCUUCUUCUUAUCCUGGUUUAAAACACGACGAGUCUUAUGCUCUGGACUGUAACGAGAAUAAUGUUAUAAAUAAGUGUGAUAUGUGUCCUAGGGAAGCAAAGUUCAAGUGCUCUAGAUGUGAAGACUCUUGGUCUUGUUCCUUGGACCAUGGUUCAUUUCAUGAACUUCAUGGAGCUUGUGCACCUUUCCAGAUAAACUCUGAUUCUAAUGUCGGAAGAUUUCUUACGGCUAAAAGGAGUGUUUAAUUCUAUCCAGAGCAAUUAAACCUACAUUCACAGAUUCCUUUAACUCAACAGAGUACCACUGUAUUCUACCCCUUCGUCUACUACUGGUGGAGAAUCCACGAGUUAGUGAUCUUCUCCAUCAGUUCAAGGAUCACAGAUCACAACCAGUUAUCUGGACCCUCUACUCUGUACACUAAAGAGAAAACAAUUACUUAGCGUGGGUUGGUAAGCAACACUUGCACACACUGGACUCAGCUCAAACUGCUGGCUAACGGAUCAUUGUUUGUAAAUCCUUGAUCCUUAAUCAACAAAGCUUGAUUUUCAUGAUCCAUAAUCAAAACGAUUUCUCUUCUAUGAUCCUUCAUCAAGAAAGCUGGCUGCUCCCUUAUCCCUCACCAAAGCUUUCUCUUCCCUGAUACUUAAUCUGAAAAUCUUUCUUUUCCCUGAUUCUUAAUCAGGAAAUCUUGCUCUUCCGUGAUCCUUUAUCAGGAAAUCUUGCUCUUUCCUGAUCCAUAUAAAGAAUGCUGAUUCAUCCCUGAUCUCUAAUCAAGAAAUCUUGUCAUUUCCUAACCCCUAAAUAAGAUAGCUUACCCUCCUAAUCCCUAAUCAAGAAUCCAGAUUGUUUCUUACCUACAGGGUUACCCACAAAGGAUGAGACUUUAGAGACAACUGUUGUGAGUUUAUACAAUAUGAUUCUUUGUAUUCAUGACUCCCUGCAACUGUAAACUCCUUUCUUUCUUUGUCGAAUAAUUAAAAAAGCCAUUAAAAUACUAUAUUUAAGACAGAAGAUUUAAUUUAAACUUGUGAUCUUCAUAUUUUAAGAGUUUCUGGUGACCUUUUCAGUCUCAUCUUUUAUGGGUAACCCUGUAUAUGUGGUGUUUUUUAUGAUUUCCCGAUGUUCCUUCCAGAUUUCUUACAGUGUGGUGUUUUACUGAUUCAAAACGGGACAACAAGUUAUUUGUUGUAAAUCGCGACAGAAAAUUAGAAUUUUAAUAGUGCAUGCAGCCAGGACUCCAGGAGUACCUUUAACCAGUAUUUGUUGUAUUUAUUAUUAUAUAUAAAUAUAUCUUUAUGUAAUUUA